AUGGAUGGUGAUGACUACUGGAACACUUCUUUAAACAAAUCAUUUAGUUUUGAUGAUGAUAUUGAUCAAAAGUUUUUAGAUGACAAUGUAUCAGAAAUCUCAAAUGUUUCAUCGUCGGGUGCGAUAAGUUUAAAUCUGAUUAUUAAUGAUAGUGAUCUUCAAAUGAUACUCGAGGAUCAGAUGAUUACUGAACCAAUAUUUCCUAAAGUAUCAUUGGAAGAAGAAAUAAAAAUACUAAGAAGAAAACUACAAGAAUCUCAAUAUUGUCCAAUUCCUAUUACAAUCAACAAGCUUUUACUUGGUAAACCAUGUUCUUUGUCUAUUUAUAAGUCACUGAACGAAAAAGAAGAUCUUCUUGACAAAGCUAUUUUAUGUGGAAAUGGUGAUGCAAUACUAAGGAUUGUCUUGUUCCUUAAAAACUCUCUAAAAACAUCGUUAUUUAAUCAAAUCUUAGAGACCAGACCAAUCGCUGUAGAUCAUUAUGUGAAUUACUUAAAUACUACAAUGAGAAUUGGGGAAGCUUCGGAAAUACUUAAAAUAAUGGGACGCAACCAAGAAGCAGCAAUGAUUCAAUUUAAAGCUUCGGUAUCAUCAAAAAAUGUCAUCACAAAAUUGGAGAAACUUAAAAAUAUUCGAGAACUCUUCGAUCAACCUUGUUGCAAUCCAUUUUUAUCUCAACAAUUGUCAAAUUUUAUCACUUUAUUGGAGCUUCAGAUUAAUGAACGAUUAUAUUUUCAUCCUCAUGAUAUUAUGGAAAAAUCAGUGAUAGAAACUUUAUAUUAUUGUUGUCAAAAGUUUCAAAAAUGGUCUGAUCCAUCAUUUAAUUCAUCGACAAAUCCAUUCAAGUUGGCAAUAAAUUAUGCAAUUACACCUUCGCAAUUUGAAUGGGUUGCAAUAAACGAAAGAGGAAAGUCACAAGCUUGGCGUGAUAUUGAAGGACUUUUCCAAAAAAAAUCUGUAAUUAAGAAAAAAUCGUUUACUAUUCACAUUCCACUUGAGCUGGCAAUCAUUCGUCUUUAUAAUCUUCGAGCUCCACAAGCUGUUUUAAAUUCAUUUCUUCAGCAUGUUGAUGAUCCAGAACGUCGUCUCACACUUUCAAAGAAAGUUGGUGCUAUUAAUUCAAUUGUCGAGUCUCUCACUGCACUUAAAGACAAACAAGCAUUAGAAGAUUUUAAAGAAACUUUGGCAAGCGGGACAGCUGAGUACUUUUAUACAGAGAAGGCUAUAAUAAACUUAUCGAACACGAAGUCACUUCUGGGGAUACGAAAGAAUUCCAAUGCAACAAGUUGA